AUACAGCUACUACACUUAGCACUGGACGGUGAUUAAUGCGUCUUUCAAGUUUUGUUUCGCCUUUUUAACGUCCGCCAACGUCAUUCAGAUUUCAGUAAUCCGCCAUACAGUCACAGAGUCGGGUCUCCGUCUUGAAUCUACUGCCUUAUGCCUCCAGCAACUCCAGAUACAAACUAAAGGACUAUAAUUAGACAUUUGUUCUAAAAUUGUGUUUUUUUUGUUUUUUUUUACUUCGAUCAAAAUAAAAAAGAAUGGCCAAAAUGAUUUUUGAAAUUUUCAAAGAUAUGCUAAGGAUUUAUUUGGUUUUGGCUGCGUUAUAUGCUGCAGUUGAAGGCACUCGCUGCUCCUACAAAGUACUGCCACGGAACGACAAGAUCGUUGGCGCCAAGAACUUCUACAUGGCCACGGAAAUGGCUCACAAGGACUGCCAGUGGGGAUGCUGCUUUGAUCAAAAGGAAGACGUCUGCUGCUCUUUCCCAAUGGAUGCAGUCGUCUUCGCCUUCAUCGCCACCAUCGCCAUCAUCAUCGUCGUCGCCUUGAUCAUCAUCCUCCUGUGCUACAUCCACUCGAAGAAAACCAAAACACACAUCGAAUGCAACGGACCAAUCUUAAUCAAGGACCGUGACCAGCCGAAACUUUUGAUUCUCCCUUGAACUUUAACCCCGAGUGAAAAACUUUUUGGAUUCAACUGCCGUCCUCUACAAAGCAUCUCAUUGUAACAUCUGGCUGUAUAUCGUCAUCUCAAACACGACAAAUAUUUGUUUUAAAGCUGACUUGAUUUAAGUUACACAUUCUCCAUACAUAUGUCCUUUGAAUGGCGUUGAAAAGAACAGUAGCAUACACCUGUGGCUUUAUACAACACUUUUUCAAAAAACUAAGGAAUCAACUAUUAGAAAGCUGAUAAGUCCUAUGUGACAACCAAACGCCAUGGAUGCUCAAAAAAAAAAGUUUAAACCUAGAAAACAGCUGACUUCAUGUAUCUAUUUGCUACACCAUUUUUUGAAAGUAGCCUUAGAGCUAAAAAUAAUUCUUUAACAUUUAUCGAAUCUUGAAGUAAUGUGGCUCUUACACUCAAGAAUAUGUAUAUAUUAUAUAGUUCUCAUAUGUCAUAUACCAGGGCUGUAAAAUUAAAAUUUAUCAAAGGAUAAAAAAAGGAAAUAAGGCUCUUCUUUCAGAACUUGCUAUCUAUGGGGCAGAUGAUGCAAUGGGCAUCUGUUUCUUUGGCCUAUGGUAAACGAGGAUGCUAUGUGGCCAGCACCACGACCAGCAGCCUAAAAUUUUUCCCAACUAAUGUCAGUUACCCAUUUGAACUGGGUGGACUCAGAGGCGCCCUAAAGAUCUCGAAAUUAAAAAGUUCCAGUCUUCACCAGGAUUCGAACCAGGGACCACUCAGCCACUGCGCCUCACUUAUCAAAUGAUGCCGCUACAUAAAUGUCAAGGCUUUCAUCGUAUACAAAACUCAACGAGAUAACGCAGCUGUUAAUUCUUUCUCUCCGUAAUUAUUUACCACAUUCUGGUGGAAUCAUCGCUGGUAUCGUCAGUUAGGAGAGAAAGAGUUAAGCAACUAAUGGCGACCAAAUAGGUAAUGACACAUGUACAAACUUGUACAAUAUUCAAACAUUCUACUUUUUUUCUAUUAAGAGUUCGGCCUUUUGUCAUCUACCGCAUGAUUGGUUGAAAAUUACCACGCAUGCGCAAUACUUACAGCGUCCUUGAUUGUUUUAAAAUUAUUGAUUGUAUCGUUUUUUUUUUGUUAUUGUUUCUUUAAUUAUUUCACCAUUUCACCUAUUUCAAUGUCAUGUGUCAUUUCAAUAUGACAUUGUGAAUCGCCAACUUCAAUUCCAUGAAUUGUAUUCUAUGCAUUAUGUUAACAUAAUUAGAUGUGACCUCGCCUGGUUCAUCUUAAUAACGAAUAAUGUCUCCUAAUUGUUUUCUCAUCCUUUGAAUGUGUAGAGAUGAUGAUGUUGAUGAUGAUGAUGAUGUUGCUUAAUGAAAUAAAAAAUAUUUUUUGGGUAAAUAAUGAAAUGAAUGGUGAAAUAAAUGAAAAAGUAUUGAAUGCUGUGGUGAAUGGCAUAUGUUGUGAAUGAAGCUGUAAAUGAUGAACGAGUUUUGUUGUAAAUAAUAUGAUGAAUGGUAAUAUACAUUUUACUUGAAGUAAUGAAUCAAAGAUUUUCUGAGUGGUGUAUUGAACAAUACAAGACGUGAAUUAUUCAAUGAUGUUAUGAACUUUUAAAUAUUUUAUUAACGAAUGAUGCAAGUAAUAAUGCUACUGCUUCCAAUGAUAAUCUGAUUAAAACUUAUCAUCUUUAUCAUGCAUUAUUGGAAACAGUCGAUUGACUCUGACACUUCUGAUGAGUGUCCAGUGUCUGACCAACGUCCACUUUUCCAUCUAUACCGCUAGCCGUUUCUGUGAUAUUAUUUAAUUACAAUAUGUACGAUGGCAAUCAUUUAACUUUAAUGUACUUUAGUCAUUUUGCCAAAUGUGUAAAAGUUUACAUCCAAAUAACAGACCACGUCAUCCAAUGGAGUGUUUAAAACAUAAAUACACUAACAAAUGAUCCAUUGAUGUAAGAAUGUCUAAAUAAAACAAUGUUUUGAUAAUGAUA